AUGGCAGAGGCACAGAGGCGCAUGGCAGAGGCACAGAGUCGCAUGGCAGAGGCACAGAGGCGCAUGGCAGAGGCACAGAGGCGCAUGGCAGAGGCACAGAGGCGCAUGGCAGAGGCACAGAGGCGCAUGGCAGAGGCACAGAGUCGCAUGGCAGAGGCACAGAGUCGCAUGGCAGAGGCACAGAGGCGCAUGGCAGAGGCGCAUGGCAGAGGCACAGAGGCGCAUGGCAGAGGCACAGAGGCGCAUGGCAGAGGCACAGAGGCGCAUGGCAGAGGCACAGAGGCGCAUGGCAGAGGCGCAUGGCAGAGGCACAGAGUCGCAUGGCAGAGGCACAGAGGCGCAUGGCAGAGGCACAGAGUCGCAUGGCAGAGGCACAGAGGCGCAUGGCAGAGGCACAGAGUCGCAUGGCAGAGGCGCAUGGCAGAGGCACAGAGGCGCAUGGCAGAGGCACAGAGGCGCAUGGCAGAGGCACAGAGGCGCAUGGCAGAGGCACAGAGGCGCAUGGCAGAGGCACAGAGUCGCAUGGCAGAGGCGCAUGGCAGAGGCACAGAGGCGCAUGGCAGAGGCGUUGCAUCAAUGUUGGCAUGCACAGAGCGGGACAGAAACAGACUGAACAAGCUGGUCAGGAGGGCCAGCUCCACUCUGGGCUGCUCCCUGGACUCUGUGGAGGAGGUGAGGGACAGGAGGCCCCUGGACUCUGUGGAGGAGGUGAGGGACAGGAGGCCCCUGGACUCUGUGGAGGAGGUGAGGGACAGGAGGCCCCUGGACUCUGUGGAGGAGGUGAGGGACAGGAGGCCCCUGGACUCUGUGGAGGAGGUGAGGGACAGGAGGCCCCUGGACUCUGUGGAGGAGGUGAGGGACAGGAGGCCCCUGGACUCUGUGGAGGAGGUGAGGGACAGGAGGCCCCUGGACUCUGUGGAGGAGGUGAGGGACAGGAGGCCCCUGGACUCUGUGGAGGAGGUGAGGGACAGGAGGCCCCUGGACUCUGUGGAGGAAGUGAGGGACAGGAGGCCCCUGGACUCUGUGGAGGAAGUGAGGGACAGGAGUUUCCUGGACUCUGUGGAGGAGGUGAGGGACAGGAGGCCCCUGGACUCUGUGGAGGAGGUGAGGGACAGGAGGCCCCUGGACUCUGUGGAGGAGGUGAGGGACAGGAGGCCCCUGGACUCUGUGGAGGAGGUGAGGGACAGGAGGCCCCUGGACUCUGUGAAGGAGGUGAGGGACAGGAGGCCCCUGGACUCUGUGGAGGAGGUGAGGGACAGGAGGCUCCUGGACUCUGUGGAGGAGAUAAUGAAAACAAGGUCAGGUCUCAUCAGCAUCCGGAGCCUUGGGCCGGUCUCAGCGCAGUCCAUCCAUCACCGCGCUCUGACCGAAGACCCGUCAGGGAGAGCUGAGGUGAGGUAA